UUGAAGCCACGAAACCAUAAAUCAGUAGUGUUGGUGACUCUGCUGUGGUUUUGCUUCCAAGAGGAAAUUCAAUGGAGACUUCCGUCAGAAUGGACGAGAGGUUGAAAGUUGCUGCUGAAAAAGGAGACAUUGACAUGUUGUAUAGUCUAAUCCGGGAGGAUCCAUAUGUACUAGACAACAUUGAGCGUAUACCAUUUGUUGAUACUCCUCUGCAUAUAGCAGCUUCUCUGGGACAUACCGGAUUUGCUAGAGAGACAAUGCUGUUGAAACCAUCAUUUGCUAGGAAGCUAAACCAAGACGGAUUUACGCCUUUGCACCUCGCUUUGCUAAACGGGCAAACCAAAAUGGUGGAUCGGCUUGUAGAAGCCGACAGCGAUCUUGUUCGUGUUCAUGGGAAGGAGGGCAAAACUCCUCUCCAUUAUGCAGCAGAACACGGAAACACUUCUCUUCUGAAAAGAUUUCUACUCUCUUGCCCAUCGUCGAUUCUAGAUGUGACAAAUCGUGGUGAAACUGCUUUGCAUAUCGCUGUGGAAAGUAAGAAAUUCGAAGCGUUUCGCGUAGUGGUACGACGACUUCGAACAUCCGUCGACAAAGGAUCCGCUAUUCUGGAGAACGAGAGUCUAAACAGAAAAAAUGAAUCGGGUGACACUGCAUUACACGUUGCUGUAAAAACUAAUCAACCUGAGGUAGUCAAAAUGUUAGUAGACAACAAAGUCAAGCUAGAUGCCAAGAAUUCAGAUAAUUUGACAGCUUUGGAAAUCUUAAAAUUAGAGGACUCGCAGUCACAAGUAAAUAACCGUGAAGCUCGGGAAGUAAUGAAGAAAAUGCUAUGUCGUACUAGAGGUUCUAUGUCUUCAUCUUUUUUCGGGUGGAAAUCUUCUCAUAAGUCUUCAUCAGCUCCUAGUAUUUCGACUAGUCCCGCGAAUGUGACUGCGGAUUUGAAUACCAUAGGACGAGCUCCGGCUUCUACUAAGCUUUCGGCCUUGAAUUGUAAGUUGGAUAUUGCGGAAUUAGAAGGCCAACCUCAAGGUAACAACGUCGAAGCUAAUGAAUCACCUCCUCCAAAACAAUUGUUCUUCAAACUAAGGCGUCCGCUGGAACGUUGGGCUAUAGAUCUUACACGUGGUAGAAAUAAUUUGUCGGAGGAUUCACGGAAUAUGAUGUUGGUAGCUCUCGUUCUCGUUGCGACUAUCGGAUUUCAGUGCGUUCUGAGCCCUCCGGGUGGUCUUUGGCAAGGGGACAGUAACAAUUCCUCUGCAACUGAUCAUGACAACAAAAAAUUACCCCACCCUCCAGGAACCGUAGUUAUGGGGGAUUGGAGUUUUAUCUUCUUCAUGUUGUUCAACAGUUUGGCCCUUGCCCUUACAGCACAUGCAAUUAUUUUUCUCGUACUGCCUGAUCGGAGGGAAACUCAAUGGUGGUUGUACACCCGGAAUCUAUUGGCCACGUUUAUCUCUCUCUGCUAUUUAAUAGCAUUGCAUGCAAUCUCACCAAAUGCCUCACUCUUUGCUCUUGUCAUCGUAAUAGCGGCAAUAGUCUUUCUUGUUAUACCGUGCUUUUAUACUUGGAUGAAGGUAAACUUAGCGCACAAAAAUGAGAUCUGGAUGAGUCACGAUGCUACCUAA